GCUAUAUUUGAGUCAGUCGAGAAGCCUACUACAACAGUAUACUGAAACAAGCUCUACCGGUGCCUCACCCUAGGACGUUCAUUUUGCCCCUUCAGUUUGUGUUUUGCCAUUGAGUGACCUGUAUCUGACUGACCAGUCCACCACCUGUCCACUAUGGACCCCAAGUUCAACCCCGAGACGGCCAAGUUCUAUUAUUUUAGGUAUAUGAAGGAAUACCGUGCUAUCUGUGUUCUAUGGGGCCUUCUAUCCAUCAUCUGGUGUAUUCUCAAUGUGGUCACGUUUAUUCAACCCCAGUGGAUUGGUGAUACCCCGGAAAGCUUCGGAUACGGUCAUGUCGGUGCCUACUCCUACUGCUACCCCGACAACUCCAGGGCCAUCUACGUCUGCAGCGGCACCUUCAUCGACUUCAACACCAUCCUUAACGACUCCUUCAAAGCAACCACAUUUUUUGCCGGAGUUUCCGCUCUGCUCAUGUUGAUAACGGUAGCGGCCCUUCUCCUCUUCUUCUGCUUCAAGAAAACAGCUGUCUUCAUCUUCUGUGGAAUUCUCCAACUCACAUCAGCGGUGUUCAUGUUCCUGGCCUGUGUCAUCUUCCCCAGCGGUUGGGAUCACGAAGAGGUCCGGAAGGUUUGUGGCAGCUCUGCUGACGAGUACCGUCUCGGCGAGUGCGGCAUCCGCUGGGCCUACAUCCUUGCCAUCCUGGGAAUCUUCGACUCAGCGGUUUUAGCUGUACUUGCAUUCUUCCUUGCGUCCAAGAGGGCGAAGAUUGAAAUCUAUUCCACAACGGGCACAGUCACAAAAUCUGAACUGAAUGGCUACUCAGGGGACACACUCUCCAAGCACUCAGUGCCAAUCAAGCCCAUCGUCACAGUGCCAGAGAUGCAGCCUGAUGUCGACCGGUACUCCGAUUUCUCAAGCAGGACUGGUCCCCGGCAAGGCAACGGCAACUUCCAGCUUUAAACAACAGUAGUUGACUGCGAAUAUUAUCUCAGAUUGGCCAUGGACUGCACAAGUGAUCUAGAUAUUUAUAUCUUAUAUCGCAUUGAUAGCUAGUUAGUUCUGAUGUGAGCUCAAAUGGAAAUAAAAAGGGACGAAAACAUACAUCUAAGUAACGUAUCCCUAUCUGAUAAAAUGGAUAAAAUGAACACGACAUGCAAAUGUUGUUUCAUCCAUCAUGGCUGUGCAUGGAUCUUCCAGUAACUGCCAAACAUUUGAUCAUUCAAAACCCUUUGGUCAGUACUGAUGUCCCGACUUCUAACAACCUGCAAUAGAACUUGUGACUUUUAAUGCUAGGUAUGUUUUCCAUUGUGCAGUCCUCAUUCUGUCAACAUGAAAGUAAUGGUGAAAUUCUACUACUCACCAAACAACUAGUUUUGGGACAUAAAGGUCCCCCAAACAAAUGUGUGAAAAUGGCCAAGUCGGUGGUUUGAGGAAGAGUUGAUAUUUCUGUACAUAAAACACAGAUUAAUUAAGGACAAGUGUCUAUACAUCACAACCUAUUUUAUCUUGGUACUGCAUAUAUGUUUAGUUACCGUAUUCAACAUAAUAAGCGCCCAGGGCUCUCUCAAAAUUAGAAAUAGGGGGCUCUUAUUAGAAUAUUAUUUUGGUGAAAAAUAAACAGAGUUGAAAGAUACAUUUUGUGGUUUAUGCUGACAGACUGAAAUGGUUAUAUACGACAGAUAUAUUUUUCCAGAAUUUAAUUGCCCAUAAUUAAGGGUGCAUAUAACACACGAGUGCGUAUUAUACGCGCAUAAAUAAGUCUUGUGUACAUUGAUCAAUCGGAAGGGGUGCUAAUUGGGAUUGUUCACUAGCCAAUAUAUUAGCAAAUAUCGUCGUGGGCGCUUAUUAGAGCGGUCGUUUAUUACGUCAAAUACAGUAUGUUAUUUUCUAGAUUUUAAGAAAUGUUACCAGUAAACAUAUCACUGCUUGCACAUAUAACUUGGCAAAAACAUUUUAACAGCUUCAUUAUUUACGAUAAAACAAACUACAAACAGAUUUCUGAAGAAAUCACUUGAAAAAGUGAAUCAUUUUCAUUGAGAUAGGCCUUGAAUGUUUCAUGCCGAAAGCCUAAAAUAGAAAUCAAAUUGUUUGUAGUCUUUAUUCCACAAAAAUACAUAGAAACAAACAAACUUAUUUACAACAGCAUAAACACCACUUCUUGUAUAUAUUUUUAUACAACAUAUAUGUAUAUAACAUUUAUGAAAAAAAAAGGUUUCAAAAUGGUUGUGAAUGUUCAUAAAAUAUCAUAUCUGUGAUUUCAUCUUCAUUUAUUUUAGAUUUUCCUUUUUAAGAUGUGACAUGAUGUCAAAAGACAUUUGUACCGCUAUUUCUUUUUUAUGCUCAAAGAUCAUGCAACGCUGUUUUUGGUGACUACAAUAAUAGAUAAUAAGAAGAUAAUAAGAUAAGCCCUGAUACGAUCAUGUUGAGACACUUUGCAGUGUGGGUUCACAUAAACUCAAUAAAUCAUGUAACCAUGACGACUGUCAAGUUAUUAAAGAGAGAAGAUUGACUUUAUGCCAAGCAACAUGGCCAUGUAUUCCAUGAGGCAUUAUUUAUUAUAACAAUGUUAAAUACCUGAGAUAUUAAUUAGCACAUGAUAUUGCCAAGUGUAAAAUGUACCCCGUUACAUUCCAUGUCUUGAAUAAAUGUUUCACAGUACACGAAAAUGCAAAAGAUUUAAUUAAUCCAUAUGUCCAUGUGAAAAUAAAAAUAUCAAAUGAAAAAUAUAUGAAUUAAAUUGAGUAUUUCAUGAAUUUAAAUAAAA